GUGGUUUACGUCACACCCUGGGCUACAAGGAGGCAAGAUGGCGGCGGUUACAAGGUGCUCAGUUAGUUUAGUGAGAAGACUGCUCUCCCACCACUACAAGCGUCGGUGUGUGCGGGUCUUUAAAGCCACCAGGGACCAGCCCCCGCGGGCCUGCCUGUCCAACCUCUACAAUGAGAGGCUCUUUCAUACAACCAGUGCGUGGAGCGGACCCAUCAUGCAGUUCAAACUGUCUGACAUCGGAGAAGGAAUCAUGGAGGUCGUAGUGAAGGAAUGGUACGUUAAGGAGGGCGACAAGGUUUCCCAGUUCGACAGCAUAUGUGAGGUGCAGAGCGACAAGGCGUCCGUCACCAUCACCAGCCGCUACGACGGCGUCAUCCGCAGACUGCACUACGCCGCGGACGACACAGCGCUGGUGGGGAAGCCCCUAGUGGACAUCGAGACCGACACCGGGCCAGAAGUGGCCCAGGAGGAAGACGUUGUGGAGACCCCGGCCAUGUCUCGUGAGGAGCACACCCAUCAGGAGAUCAAAGGCCAUAAGACCCAGGCCACACCCGCAGUCCGGAGACUGGCCCUGGAGAACAACAUCAAACUGAGCGAAGUUGUCGGGACUGGGAAAGAUGGACGUAUUCUCAAGGAGGAUAUUCUCAACUUUCUGGCAAAGCAGACGGGAGCCAUCUUGCCUCCAUCUCCAUUCCAUGAGACCCGUGAGUCCCAAAGACCAAAGGAGGUGCAGCCAGCCAGCCUGCCAGCCAGCCUGCCAGCCAGCCUGCCAGCCAGGCCCCAACCAGUCCUCAGCAGCCAGGAUGUCACCGAGCCUCUGAAAGGCUUCCAUAGAGCCAUGAUGAAGACGAUGACGGCGGCCCUGAAGAUCCCCCACUUUGGCCUCUGUGACGAGGUGGACCUGAGUCGCUUGGCUGCUCUGAGAUCAGAUCUCAGGGGCAUCAGUGAGUCUCGUGGCGUUAAACUCAGCUACAUGCCCUUCUUCAUCAAGGCGGCGUCCCUCGGCCUGCUCCACUUCCCCGUCCUCAACGCGUCUCUGGACGAGGCCAGUCAGAACAUCACCUACAAGGCGGCUCACAACAUCGGCCUGGCCAUGGACACCAGCCAGGGUUUGCUGGUGCCCAACGUGAAGAACGUUCAGCUUCUCAGCGUGUUUGAGAUCGCCAGAGAGCUGAACCGCCUCCAGGUGCUGGGGUCCUCCGGUCAGCUGGGGACCUCCGACCUGACCGGAGGAACCUUCACGCUCUCCAACAUCGGCUCCAUUGGAGGAACUUAUGCCAAGCCGGUGAUUCUUCCCCCUGAGGUGGCCAUCGGAGCUCUGGGCAAGAUCCAGAUCCUUCCAAGGUUCGACUCCAACGGAGAGCUGGUUAAAGCUCACAUUCUGAACGUCAGCUGGUCGGCUGACCACAGGGUCAUCGACGGGGCCACCAUGUGCAGGUUCUCCAACCUGUGGCGGCAGUACCUGGAGAACCCAGCGUCCAUGGUCCUGGAUCUGAAAUGAAACCUCAGCCUCAUCUCCUGAAGACCUCCUCCAUGCCUUGUUCCUUCCUGUGGGCGUGGCCUUAUGUUACAGCACCUCCUUCCAGUGGGCGUGGCCUUACGUUACGGCACCUCUUUCCUGUGUGAUUGGUGGACGAGGCUUAUGGGGUCGCUCUUUCAUCUGCUAACCCUUCAUUUGGGCUUUGAACUUUCCCUUGGGUUAGUCAGGUGUUCAACACAACUUUGUCUCUUGAUAGCAGACUAUUUUAUCCUGUUUUUUGUGCGCUACGUUACAAGUCUAAAAGUAACGAGUGCAACUGUUGGGUAUGUAUUGUCUUUAUGAACUGAAAUGGUCUGGCUAAGACUAGAAGAUUGCACUUUGUGAUGGAGCGUCUUUCUACCAAGUGUUCUACGACGUGAUAGGUGGUGGUGGUGGUGUUAGUUAGUUAGGUUAGUGGUGUUAGGACCAUUAAGUCACUAAACACGCCUGUGGUAUGCUUUUAUUAACCCUCUCAACUGAAAUGCAUAUAUAUAUGUAUAAUAUAUCUAUGCCUUGUUACCUAGCAAUAAAGAAUAUAACAAACACAUCAGCAGAUUUCUUUCAUU